AUGAAAACCAUUACUAUCGUCGGCGCCACUGGAAACCAAGGCCUCUCCGUCGCCGACGCCUUCCUCCCACUACCGGACUGGCACGUCCGCUGCAUCACGCGGAAUCCUUCCUCGCCAAAGGCACAAACACUCGCCUCUCUCGGCGCUAGUAUAGUAAAGGCAGACCUCGCCGACAUUGCCUCUCUACGCUUAGCCUUCGUCGACUCUAAUGUCAUAUUCAACAACAUUGACUUCUGGGGGCCCUUUCAUACAACCGGAAGUUAUGAAGACGCCUAUGAGCAAGAGGUACAACACGGCCGCAACGCUGCCAUCGCCGCCGCAACUGUGCCCACUCUUAGUCGCUUUGUCUAUUCCACAUUGGCACCGAUGAAGAAGCAUUCUGGCGGGAAGUACCCGCAUUCGCACCAUUGUGACGCCAAGGCGGAGAUUAUGGAAUUCAUUGAAACUCAGACGCCGGAACUGGCGCAGAAGACGUCCUAUAUUAUCAUCGGUGCAUAUGCGACCAACCCCCUUUUUAUGCCGAGAUGGAAUCCAGACAUCCAGAGGUACCAGUUCAUGGUGCCGCUGAACAAAGAGCAGAAGAUGCCGAUCAUCGCUGCGCGAGAAUCCACCGGUGCUUUUGUCAAGGCCUUGAUUGAUGAGCCUCCGCGGACGAGGUUGCUCGCGUAUGAUAGUGACUUGACUAUCGGAGACAUUGUGGAGGCUUGGACUAGGGCUACUGGGUCCGAGGCUGAGCUGGUUGAGGUGGAUGCUGGGAAGAUGCAUGAACAGAUGGGUAUUCCUUGGGAGGUUUUGGAUGCGUUUUUGUUUAUUGGGCAGUUUGGGUAUGCGGGUGGGAUUGAGGGCGUGAUUCAUCCAAGCCAGCUGAAGGUGAACGUGCAGACAGAGUCUUUCGAGACGUGGUUGAAAAGGAGGAACUGGGAGGAAGUCUUGCAAGGGGGUAGUGUGGAAUUGAAUUCCGUGGUAGGGAGUGUGCCGAGGUCGUGA